ACGCGUCAGAUCCAAGGGGUACAGAAACCCGCGCAGCACCGGAAGUACUCAUAUUCUGGUGCUCGCCUCACACUGUUCAGGUUUAUGAAGUGAAAAAAAAACCUUCCGUCGUUAUGAACAGAAGAACAACAAAAUAACAUUAUAUGGCUCAAAUAAAGGAUUUCGACUGGAGCUGAUCUCCGGCGGCACACUGUUGAUUUUGUUCCAGAGACCAUGGGCAGUGGCCGGGCCUCCCCACUUGGGGGCGAUGUGGAUCUGUGCGGACUGGACAAUCAGAUAGAGGGCAUUCUGGAAAUGUGGAAGAUAGGAGAUGACAGCCCCGGUCUAAAGGAGCCUUGGAGUCACCCAGGUGGAAGUUCAGAUGUUGGUCGUGUUACAGACGGAGAGAUCCUAGAACGGAAUGGGGACUGGACAAUGACCAUCUCCUCAGAAAGGCAGCUACUCACUGAGAGGCGAGUGCCGGGGAUCCCAGCUCACAGAGAUCCCUUUACUUCGUGCCUCACCCGCCACUUCUGUAUCCUGCAGGACAGAGAUCUAAAGAGAAACCGAAGCCUGACAGCACUGGAGGGAAUGAUUGAGCGACAGAUUCGAGAGGAGAGGAAACAAAGGAGAGUGGAGGAGCUUCACAGUUUUGGGAAUGCUGUCGGCAGCGCAUCCCAGAGUGUGACCGUGCUGCCGGGAACGCUGGAGUGUCAGAGAGCUGGAGAACGAGCGGUCAGAGAGGAGGAGCUGCAGCAAUGGCAGGGGGAUAGCGUCGUCUUCUCAGAUUGCUCUGCUCACUUUGAAUUGUCUGAGAGCGAGGGAGAGGGACAGCUGGCCAAAGGGGAGUGCUUUGAGAACGUUUCUGAAAGUGGGAUGGGGCCAGUGAGUGUAAAUCACAUGGAAGGAUUGAACUACCUGAAGCCACAGCCUGUGGGAGAGAGCGGGGAUUUACUUCCCUCUGGAUCCUUUAGUCUCCUGAAGCUGGAGGAGAUGCUGAUCCAGCAAAAGCCAGCGCCGCAGUUGUGUGUUGUCACAAACAACAGAGCUGCCAGGGAAUGUACUGGGAGGUGGGCUCCGAAACUGGAAGAUGAUGGUGCCAGGUGUAAUGAAAAUUCUGUGAAGACUCCUGGAAUUCGAAAUAAUGUUGCAUCUGAGAAAGACCAUAUCUCGAGUGUCAAAGCUGAAGAAACAUAUUUGGCUCCUCUUCAAGAGAUUGUCAUACCUGAAGACGAUAUCAGAAGAGAGAAAGUUUAUCCUCUAGCAUCUCUGAAGAAUAAUCCCAGAGAUGUGAAAAGCCCAGAAAAAGAUACAUUACCUGAGAAUGAAGUACAAAUUGUUAAAGUUUCACCUGAAGAGGAUUUUAAAGUUUUUAGACUGGCCGAUGAUGUCAUCUCUACUCCUGAAGACGAUGUCAUCUCUACUCCUGAAGAUGAUGUCAUAGUUGUGGGAGUUCUUAAUAAAGGUCUCUCAACUCAGAAUGAUGACCUGACAAGUGCCAAAGAUCAAAAUGGCAGCACUGCAUUUUCUGAAGAUACGAUAGUUUUAAAAGUUCAGAAAGAUCUCACAAGUGUGAAACCUACAAAUGACCUCCAGCAUGUUGUGACUGACAGCCCUCAAUCUUCUUGUGUCUUGCCAAAGACUGAUGACACGACUGCUACUGAUCCAGCAGAUGGCAGCAGUUCACUUCCAGGUGGUUUUACAGUUUCACAGGAAAGUAAUGACACUUGUGUAAGAGUCUCAGAAUAUACAACUGGGUUGCAGGAAGAUGAAGUCACCGGUAUUUCAAUUCCAAGUGAUCAUAUCUCAUCACAGAAAGAUCCGACACCUUUAAAACCUUCUGACCACGACUGCGUAGCUUCUGAAGACGUCAUAUUUGUCUGUGACGUCAACUUAAAGACUGAUGCUGCUGGUUCCAAACAUAAAGGUUCUGGUUUUGUUUCAAAGAGAGAUGAUGUCGUGGUGGUUCUAAGCAAAGGUACGGUGUCUGAAAACGAUGGUGUCCCUUGUGUUCUAAAUGACCCCACCACAUCGCAAGCAGAUAAACCCACAACUGCCGGUAUGCUGGAAAAGGGUAUUGCGUCACAAAAUAACAAUUUGCUAAGUGGCAGCAUUACAAAUAAGAGUUCACAGAAAGCUGAUGCAAGUGCCAACAGUUUCAAAAAUGACGUUGUUUUUUCUAAAGAUGACAUGACUGUUAACAUCUGCAGUGCCAGGACUCAGAAAGAUCUAUCAACAGCUGGUAAGCUUGAGAGUGAAGUCCUUAAUCAGACCAUUCCAGAAAACGUGUCUACUCCUGAUUUCACAGCUGUCGGAGAUAGCAGCAGGUCACAAGGAGGUGAUGCUGAAGUUCUCGCAUUGCAGCCCAUGCUGGAAAAGGACGCUGUCUCCCUGAAGAGUUCCAGAGCUCCGGGUCAUGUUCUGCUGCACAAAGUGGAUGUGUUGUGUGCUAAUGCUCAAGAAAAUGCCACCUUCCAAAAUGAUUUCCCAAACAUUACAAUCCAAAAAGACGUAUCAAAGAAAAGUGCCAGAGUUUCAGAAAAUGCCAUUACAAAUCUUACAAAUUAUGUCCACAGUUUCAAAGUUCUAAACGACAGAGCCAUGUCAAAGCCUGAUGGCACCCAUGGUGCCCGAGUUUUCAGAAGUCAUGUCACAGGUGUGUCAAUCCCAAAGGCCUGUAGGACGGAUCUGAGGGCUGCCGCUGUUGAAAGACAGAGUCCAGGGGAUGGCAGCAGCCAGGGUAAAAGAUGCCCAGGAGCAGGAGUUGAGGGGAUCAGCAGGAAAUGGACUUCGGUGGAUGCCAACCAAAAGAGGGCAAGGGUGGCAUCAGACUGGAGCAAUACAUUGGGAGAAGAGAAGUUUAUGCCCAAGGUCAGUUUUCACCCCACCACCCCUCCUCCAGGUCGACCCUCUAGUCAAGACCCCCAGAAGCGCUCGUUUGAGGACAGCGUUACCAAUACAGGGGUCCCAUCAGCUAAGAAACUGUGCACUGUGGAGAGCAUCCUGGAAGUAGGAAGAGAUGAAACUCUCAAAUAUUCUAGCAAGCCAUCUCGGGGUGUGGUGGCUUCAGCUAGGCAGCUGCAGAAUGCACAAGAGGCAACAAAAGAUGGGACGAGCACACAAACAUACAGAGCUGGAGACCACAGUAAUGGGAGUAGAACUGUAAGAGACGGGUUUGCAAUGCUGGGGCACUCUGCCAGUGUGUUGAAAUUCACUAAAGAACAGAGAGAGAUUUCUGAAUCGCUCAACUUCAGAAGUCAGGGAAUGAAAAGAGAUUGGAUGAGCAUUCCAAAACAGGAAUCAACUGGAGAGCUGAGAACGGUGUCUCAUCAUCGUAAAGACCAGUCCAGAGCAACAAGAGAAAGGCUCAGGGUACCUUGGGAUGACGUGGCAGUGAUGGGGAAUGUCUCCAGCAUGGUGUUAACUGAGAAGUCUAGAGCUUUAGAUCCUGCUGCUUCUAGAGCGCUUGUUGAUAGAACAGCAGAAAGUCUGAGGAACGCACACAAAUAUGUGACUCCGCUGAAAAGAGAGCCACAGCAGACCAGCAGGGAGUCCAGAGAAAGGCAGUGUUUGGGGAGAGGCAGUGUGCCAGUAGAGGAGGAGUUGAGCCCCUCUGCCCCACUGCUGGGUCCCAGCAGUCUGGAGCAACUGAACAGGAUGUUAACCAGGGCGGGCUGGGAUGUGCCAGGCUCUGGGGAUAGGGCUUUGCAGAAAGCAGAAUCUUCAUCAGUUAGUUACAGGGCCUCGAUGCAUGAUUGUGAGGCGAGACUCCCUGGGGACAGAACCCCAGAACAAAUAGAGUCUCUGUUCUUGGGGAGCAGGUCCCCUCACCAAGCAGAACAUCUAUUUUCUGGAGGCCAGGCCUCUGAAGAUAGGACCCAAAGGCAGGUGGAAUCAGAGCUGUUUGGGGACAGCGCCCCAGGGAGCAGGCUCUUAUUACAGGGAGCUCACAGCUCCAUGGGAAGGGCUCGACAGCAGCCCAUGAGACUCCACCUCUCAUCUGGGUCAGGACUCCGGAUCAGAGUGGCUCAGGGGGCUGAGCUGGAGAUGGUUAUGCCAGACGGGGCAGAGCUUACCAUUGAUUUUCCUGCGGCACAGGGCAGUGCUACAAAUGAAACUGGCAGGGCCUACAAAGAAGAUGCUGAGGAAGGGCCAAGAUGGGUAAACUGAUAGCAGAGAGUACUGUUAACUGGGGGCAAGAGCUUUGUACCUCUGAGAGGGGAGGGGUGUUCUUCAAGCACAACACCAGUACAAAAUCACCUUGUGUUUGUGUUUUUUAUGCUGUGUUUUUUCUAUGAGGAUAACAUUUUGCAAGAAACACUUCUGCAUCGGAUAUUUUCAUCACACUUAAAAGCAGCUACCUCCUUAGACAUGUAUGUACUCAUUCGUAACCCUAUUGGGCAGUACACAUUUUACAUGGUAUUUCCAGAGUGUAUUGUUCUGUCUUGCAUGUUUUAUAAUCUUGAUAUGUAUAAUCUUGAUAUGAUGUACAAUCUGGAGUGAAGCAAAGUGAUGCCAGGAAAGCUUGAAGGGGAAAGCAGUCUCAAACUUCUGCUGCACUCAUCAGUGCUGACAUCACAGAGAGAAAGUUGUGCUAUUCUAUAAGAUGGGGUCACAGGAAAAGAAGGUAACAUAUUUUUUUAGCCAGAGCAAUACAUAAUGAAUGAUGGGUAUAACGUUUCCAGAGGAGAACUGUAAGGUACACAAGUUUACUGCAAAAAAAUGGUUACUGAUCAACAAUGAUGAACAAUGAUGAAGGCUAAUAUUUAAUUAAAUUAAGAGGAAUUCAAAAUAAAGACCAACAGAUUUGUAAGAGUAUGCUACAUGUCUACUUUGACAACCACACAAUUAUAUUCCCAUAUCUGAAGUCAGAAAUCUGGGUGUAAUCCUUGAAUCAGACUUGUUUCAUGAUACAGGAUUGCACCUAGCCAUCUUCAUAAAGGUAUUGACUCCAGGCGUUGCUGUGACAGCGUGGUCACAGUACUGACAGUACAUUGUUAAAAUGUUUUGCCUGCGUUGACUCCAGUCGUUGCUGUGACAGCGCGGUCACAGUACUGACUCUACAUUGUAAAAACGUUUUGCCUGCGUUGACUCCAGUCGUUGCUGUGACAGCGCGGUCACAGUACUGACACUACAUUGUAAAAACGUUUUGCCUGCGUUGACUCCAGUCGUUGCUGUGACAGCGCGGUCACAGUACUGACUCUACAUUGUAAAAACGUUUUGCCUGCGUUGACUCCAGUCGUUGCUGUGACAGCGCGGUCACAGUACUGACACUACAUUGUAAAAACGUUUUGCCUGCGUUGACUCCAGUCGUUGCUGUGACAGCGCGGUCACAGUACUGACACUACAUUGUAAAAACGUUUUGCCUGCGUUGACUCCAGUCGUUGCUGUGACAGCGCGGUCACAGUACUGACACUACAUUGUAAAAACGUUUUGCCUGCGUUGACUCCAGUCGUUGCUGUGACAGCGCGGUCACAGUACUGACACUACAUUGUAAAAAUGUUUUGCCUGCGUUGACUCCAGUCGUUGCUGUGACAGCGCGGUCACAGUACUGACACUACAUUGUAAAAAUGUUUUGCCUGCGUUGACUCCAGUCGUUGCUGUGACAGCGUGGUCACAGUACUGACUCUACAUUGUAAAAACGUUUUGCCUGCGUUGACUCCAGUCGUUGCUGUGACAGCGCGGUCACAGUACUGACUCUACAUUGUAAAAACGUUUUGCCUGCGUUGACUCCAGUCGUUGCUGUGACAGCGCGGUCACAGUACUGACUCUACAUUGUAAAAACGUUUUGCCUGCGUUGACUCCAGUCGUUGCUGUGACAGCGCGGUCACAGUACUGACUCUACAUUGUAUUUCCCUUUCAGGUACCUGGUUCAACAGCCAGUAUUAGUAGGCUACUAGCCGUUUCCUCUUUCUGUGUGAAACAGCACAACAUGGUGGUUGCUACAGGGUAUCAAACAAAUCAGCAACUACAUUGCAAAAAGCAUACUUCAAACAUAUGGUCGUAUCAGAUAACAAUAAAUACAAUGUAUAUGUACUGGUUUUAGCUUUUUAAUAUUUUCAUAUUUACUUGUUUUUACUGCUGUUUUCUUGUUAUCUGUGUUAAGUGCUUUGAGACCCUUUGAUGAAAGGUGCUAUAUAAAUAAAUAUUGUAUAGAAACAAG